GGAUAGAGAGCAGCGGACAGCAGCCGUGUUUAACCCUAAACAUUCAACGCUUUUCCUUCCAGACAGACACCGGGAGAAACAUGGAAAGGAAAAGGUGGGGGUGCUCGGCCCUCCCAAAUGGUUGGAAAAGGGAAGAAGUGACCAGAAAGUCGGGCUUGUCCGCGGGGAAAAGUGAUGUCUAUUACUUUAGUCCAACGGGGAAGAAGUUUCGGAGUAAACCUCAGCUGGUCCGUUAUCUGGGAAACUCCAUGGACUUGAGCUCUUUUGAUUUCCGCACAGGGAAAAUGUUGAUGAGUAAACUGAAUAAGAACAGACAGCGGAUCCGCAACGAUCAAAAUCAAAGCAAGGGUAAACCCGAUCUAAACACAUCCCUGCCAGUCCGACAGACGGCGUCCAUCUUUAAACAGCCUGUCACCAAAGUCACAAAUCACCCCAGUAAUAAAGUUAAGGCAGAUCCUCAGAAAGCAGUUGAUCAGCCCAGACAGCUCUUCUGGGAGAAGAAGCUGAGUGGACUUCAUGCGUCUGAUAUAGCAGAGGAGCUGGUGAAAACUAUGGAUCUUCCCAAAGGUUUGCAAGGUGUUGGUCCAGGUUACACAGAUAAGACUUUGCUCUCAGCUCUCGCCAGCGCUUUACACACCAGCUCAGCUCCCAUCACAGGUCAACUGUCUGCUGCGGUGGAGAAAAACCCUGGAGUCUGGCUCAAUACCACACAGCCGCUCUGCAAAGCCUUCCUGGUUACCGAUGAUGACAUCAGGAAACAAGAAGAUCUGGUGUUUAGUGUGAGGAAGAGGCUGGAGGAGGCGCUCAUGGCUGAUAUGUUAGCACAUAUAGAAGAAGCCUCUAUCGAUGCGACGUCUCUACAUGAGGAAUCCAAUGAAGAUGAUGAUGAUGAGGAGGAGGAGGAGGAGUCUGGAUAGCUGAUGAUGAAUGACUCCAACAGUCUGAAUCACAGUGUUUCUCCUUCACUAUGCAGAAGCUCUUUCAGCAACGCCAAUUCAACUGUGAACCCAGAAACAGCAGAUUUUAUAAAACUAAGAUCAGUUUUUAUAUAAUCUUGUUUUAAGUGACCUCUCUGUUUUUUUUAUUUGUUGGGAUGAGAAGAAUUUGGUGGAUGAAGCUUGCGUUUCUAAAUUCUUCCACUGAAUUUAAGAUUUGUGUUUAAAGGAUUUACUACUUUUGAGAGAGAGAGAGAGCUGUCAAUACUGUAAAUGAGUUUCUUAAGCUAAGUAUUUUUUUAAGAAAAAUCAUGGAAACCUGUAAGACCAUUUUAACAAAAUACAUUUUUACACAAAAGAAAUGCCCUGUUUUUAUGAUUCUUUUCUUGGAGACGUUGUACUCAUAUGGUCGGUUCAUAAUAACUGGUACAAAUAUGGUGCUCAAUUUUUUGUAUUAGUUCCUUUAUAUUUUAUGUUUUGUGUAGAUAUAUAAGCUUUUUACAUUGGUGCUUGAAAGUUUUUACAAAGACAUGUAGUCCUGAUGUCUUUGUAUCUCUGACAUCACUAAAAAUAAACACAACUGACUAGUUUUCAGUUUUUUGUGACAUUAUCACUUAGUCCCUUUGUUGAGUGAAUAUCAAUCUGUGAAGGUUAAAGUGUGGAUGUGUGUGCAGUAUACAUUUAUCACUAAACUUUGACUUCAUUAUUGAGACUGUAGAUGACAGCCACUUGUAUUUUUCACUUUGCUUUUUUUCGCUCUUCUCACAAUCAUGGUUAAAUUAAAGUCAUUUACACGAACCAUA